AGAAAAUACGCCCAUUUCCUAAUGCUUUCCGUGUGCGUAUUUGCCAGACCGAUCACCAACGCAGCUGCCGAAAAAUAACCCAUUAAUGGUCGCUUACUGCUAGCAGAUUCCUGCACCGAUUUAUGCCACCAUACCACGAGAAAAUACAACAAUUUCCUCAUGCUUUCCGUGUACGUAUUUGCCAGACAAAUGCCCAAAGCAUCUACGGAAAAACAACACAUUAUCGGUCGCUUACUGCUAGCAAAUUUCUGCACCGAUUCAUACCAGCAUACCACGAGAAAAUACGCCCAUUUCCUAAUGCUUUCCGUGUGCGUAUUUGCAAGACCGAUCCCCAAAGCAUCUACGGAAAAACAACACAUUAUCGGUCGCUUACUGCUAGCAAAUUUCUGCACCGAUUCAUACCAGCAUACCACGAGAAAAUACGCCCAUUUAAUAAUGCUUCCCGUGUGCGCAUUUGCCAGACCGAUCCCUAACGCAUCUACGGAAAAACAACCCAUUAUCGGUCGCUUACUGCUAGCAAAUUCCUGCACCGAUUUAUGCCAGCAUACCACGAGAAAAUACGCCCAUUUCCUAAUGCUUCCCGUGUGCGUAUUUGCCAGACUGAUCCCCAACGCAUCUACGGAAAAACAACACAUUAUCGGUCGCUUACUGCUAGCAAAUUCCUGCACCGAUUCAUACCAGCAUACCACGAGAAAAUACGCCCAUUUCCUAAUGCUUUCCGUGUGCGUAUUUGCCAGACCGAUCCCCAGCGCAUGUAUGAAAAAACAACACAUUAUCGGUCGCUUACUGCUAGUAGAUUCCUGCACCGAUCCAUACCAGCAUACCACGAGAAAAUACGGCCAUUUCCUAAUGCUUUCCGUGUGCGUAUUUGCAGACCGAUCCCCAACGCAGCGUUGGCCGUAUUUGCUCGUGGUAUGCUGGUGUGGAUCGGUGCAUGAAUCUGCUAGCAGUAUGCGACCAUUAAUGGGUUAUUUUUCGGCAGCUGCGUUGGGGAUCGGUCUGGCAAAUACGCGCACGAAAAGCAUCAGGAAAUGGCCGUAUUUUCUCGUGGUAUGCUGGUAUGGAUCGGUGCAUGAAUCUGCUAGCAGUAAGCGACCAUUAAUUGGUUAUUUUUCGUACAUGCGUUAUGGAUCGGUCUGGCAAAUACGCACACGGAAAGCAAUAGGAAAUGGCCGUAUUUUAUCGUGGUAUGCUGGCAUGAUUCGGUGCAUGAAUCUGCUAGCAGUAAGCGACCGAUAAUGUGUUGUUUUUCCGUAGAUGCGUUGGGGAUCGGUCUGGCAGAUACGCACACGGAAAGCAUUAGGAAAUGGGCGUAUUUUCUCGUGGUAUGCUGGUAUGGAUCGGUGCAGGAAUUUGCUAGCAGUAAGCGACCAUUAAUUGGUUAUUUUUCGUACAUGCGUUAUGGAUCGGUCUGGCAAAUACGCACACGGAAAGCAAUAGGAAAUGGCCGUAUUUUAUCGUGGUAUGCUGGCAUGAUUCGGUGCAUGAAUCUGCUAGCAGUAAGCGACCGAUAAUGUGUUGUUUUUUUAUACAUGCGUUGGGGAUCGGUCUGGCAAAUACGCACACGGAAAGCAUUAGGAAAUGGUCGUAUUUUCUCGUGGUAUGCUGGCAUAAAUCGGUGCAGGAAUUUGCUAGCAGUAAGCGACUGAUAACGAGUUCUUCUGCUUCUCUUUUUGUUACUACUUUUUCAUGAGUGCCGUGUUAAGCCAAAAUUAUUGGGCGUGUCGGAUAAAGCGAAUUACUUGUUUGUGUUUCGAGCGCAUACGCUUGUGCACUCUUUGUAACGAUUGGUAACGGUCACCAUAAAUAAAAGCAAAGCUAAUAAAAUUAAAUUAAAUGAAAGAACACUGAAAUAAAUUUUAGCGAAUAUAGUAAAAUACAAUUAAUUUUAUUGAGUUUGCUGAAAUAUAAUGUUCUUAAAUUUAAUUUCAUGUAAUAUUAUUUGCGUAUUUUAAUUUGCUUGAAAUUAAUUGAAUUCAAUAUUGUUUGCUAUAUUUAUUUGACACAGAUGUCACUCGACACAGAUGUCAUUCGACACUGAUGUCACUCGAACAUCCUGUUGCUUUGUAGGUGAAACCGCAUGUCAAGGAUAAGAAAACGAUAGCCGCAUGAUGUAAAUUGCGAAGCUGAACGUGUGCGCUCAUUGUGUGAUCGAUUUGGCUCGACAGCGCAUUGUGAAGAACGGUGGCAAAUUCUGAACCGUUUCCUGUACCGUCCUAAACAAGGAAUGCAACAAGCUCGUCAUGCGUCGUCUGUUCAUAAGCCGAAUGAACCAUUGCUGUUGUUACUCAAUCAACGUGUUGGACUAUUGGUGAAGCUGCCCGUCCGGGAUGAAAAAUCGAUAGCUGUUGUGAUCGGCCUGGUUACCAACUAUGUACACAUGCUGUAAAUUGCGAAGCUGACCGUGUGCGCUCAUCGUGUGAUCGAUUUGGCUCGACAGCGCAUUCUGAAAAACGUUGGCAAAACCUACACCUUUGAUUAGUUCUCGCUGAUCUUUCAGACAAGCAGAACUCCGUGUUUUUUUAAAGAAAUGGUUUAUCUUUUGGGGUUUGUUUACAUUAUGAAAAAGUUCCUCGCCUAGAGCUGGGUGUUGUUUCUGUUAUGGGCAUGGUUUUUGCCUUAAGCAAAUCGCUACAAUCUGUUGUUUUAAUCAGCAGAAAUUUAAACCUCAGUCGGAGGAAAUCAAAUCUACGCUUUUUGCGUUUUUAUGUCGAUAAUUUACAUUCAUUUGUAAGUGGAAGCAGGGCUUCUCUACAUUUUUUUGACUUCUUGUUCAGUGGAUCAGCGUCUCAAAGAAGUACAGUGUUGAUGUAGCACAAGCGUUACGUGCGGGAGGUAUUAAAGCACUUCGGGCAUAUUCCGAGUGUGCCACACAGUAACACCCGCCUACGUGCAGUUGAAGGUCUGUAAGUUCGAGAAGGCUCGUGGUCGCGUUUAAUAAGAAUCAAUUUGCAUUUCUAUAGAACAUCAAUAUUUGCUAAAGCGUUGACCUGAAACAAUCUUUAAAAAUGCAAAUUUUAUUUUACGUAACUGAAUUUAAUUUUAUUUCAUUCUAUUAGCUUAUCAAUUAAAACGACCGAAUGACUGAGUGUCGAAUGACAUCUGUGUCAAAGGGCAUCUGUGUCGAGUGACAUUUGUGUCAAAUAAAUAUAGCAAACAAUAUUGAAUUCAAUUAA